CGGAAAGGUAGCGGGACCAAUUAACACUGUAUCCUGCUUGAGGAGGCGGUUCUGGAGUUGGGUGGCUCCGCAGCGGCUGUGAGCAGUGAGUGCUGUUGGGUUAGGUUGUGGAUUGGCAGGUGAGAGACCUGGGAAGCGGAGCCGCAGACUGGGGUUGGAAGGACGGAUGUGCCACUCCUCAGGUUCCUUGUUGCGCAGCCCAGAGUCAAGACUUUGUACAUCAAGUGACAUCACUAAAGUAGGAGGGUCUAACUUUCAGGAAGAACAAGCAUAAAUGCAACAACACAACUAAAAUUUUGCACUGAAUAUAGCAAGCUGUAACUGAUAAUGGAGUAAUCUUCAUGUAAAAAAAAAGCUUUUAAGGAAUAAACCAAUAGAAGCUUUGAGAACCACUGUAACAGAAUACCACUUCCAAGGCUCUUCUUUUAGAGCUAAAAAUGAACAAACUGCGUCAGAGUUUUCGGCGGAAGAAAGAUAUCUAUGUCCCAGAGGCAAGCCGACCCCACCAGUGGCAAACUGACGAAGAAUCGGUCAGGAAUGGGAAAUGUAGCUUUCAAGUUAAGUAUCUCGGCCAUGUGGAAGUAGAGGAAUCAAGAGGGAUGCACAUCUGCGAAGAAGCAGUGAAAAGAUUAAAAUCUGAAAGGAAGUACUUCAAAGGCUUCUUUGCAAAAAGCGGCAAGAAAGCAAUCAAGGCCGUCCUGUGGGUUUCAGCUGAUGGACUUCGAGUUGUGGAUGAAAAGACAAAGGAUCUUCUGGUUGACCAGACUAUUGAGAAAGUCUCCUUCUGUGCUCCAGAUAGAAAUUUUGACAGAGCCUUUUCUUAUAUCUGUCGUGAUGGUACAACUAGGCGAUGGAUCUGUCACUGCUUCAUGGCUGUUAAAGAUACGGGCGAGAGGCUCAGCCAUGCUGUUGGAUGUGCAUUUGCUGCUUGUCUUGAGAGGAAGCAGAAGCGGGAAAAGGAGUGUGGAGUGACUGCUACAUUUGAUGCCAGCAGAACUACUUUCACCCGGGAAGGCUCUUUCAGGGUCACCACAGCCACAGAGCAAGCAGAGAGAGAGGAAGUCAUGAAGCAGAUACAGGAAUCCAGGAAAGAGCUGGAAGUGAAAGCACCAGUCGUACCAGCAGCACCUUCAACAACUGUGUCUUCCACUCCAACCCCAGUGCUACAAUCCUCUCCAACCUCUGAGGUGUUUGUGGUCCAGGACAGUAAAGAUCUAAAUUACCCCCAUGCAAUCCCUCGAAGGCAUGCUCCUGUGGAACAGCUUGCCAGACAGGGCUCCUUCCGGGGUUUUCCUGCUCUCAGCCAAAAAAUGUCCCCAUUCAAGCGUCAGCUUUCCUUAAGGAUCAAUGAGCUGCCAUCAACUGUUCAAAGAAAAUCUGACUUUCAGGCUACAAAUCCAGUUGCAGAGAUGGAAGGAGAAAACGACAGCAUAAGUGCCCUGUGUUCCCAGAUCACAAACACUUUCAGCAUGCCACCUGAGGAUCCAUUCACUUCUGCGCCCAUGACUAAAGCCACCACACCACAGUCCCCACCUUUUGAAGUAAAUGGCACUGCCUCUGCAUUCAGUUUGCCUGCUGCUACACCAACACCAAUCUCUGUAACCAGCACCGCAGCAGCACCUGUGCGUGAGACCAACCCUUGGGCAAAUGCUCCCGCGGCUUCUAACUUACCAGUCACUACCACUGGGACACUGUCUGUAGCCCCCUUAGUUGGUCCUGUCCCUUCAUCUGGUACUCACCAGUCAAACCACAAACGAACACCCUCUGAGGCAGACCGUUGGCUUGAAGAAGUAUCCAAAACAAUCAUGCAAAGACAGUCUCCAGUUCCUGCAGUCCCAACUCAGCCUAUGGUACAACCUGCCCUUGCCGCACCACAGCCUAACCAGCCUUACCUGGCCAAUGCUUAUGUGACCUCACAGUCUAUGCCUGUCUCUGUUGUCCCAGGUCUGCACCCUCCCUUCAUGCCUGUGCAGCCACCAUACUCUGUAGCCAAUGGAAUGAGCUACCCAGCUUCCAGUGUUCCAGUUGUUGGCAUAACCCCUUCUCAAAUGGUAGCUAAUGUUUUCGGAGUUGCAAGUCCACAGGUAUUCCAGCCUAAGCCAUCUCCAAAUUUAGCCACACAGCAAACCUAUCCAACUUAUGAAGCAUCCAGUGCAUCCAGCAGUCCAUUCUAUAAGCCUCCUGCCCAGCAACAGAAUGGCUCUGUUGCUUUUAAUGGGGUUGAAAGUAGUGGGUGGGAAUUGGGCGCUAAGAGCCAGCAAGCUCCAGCUGCCCCUCCUCCUGUAGACCCAUUUGAAGCUCAAUGGGCAGCUCUUGAAGGCAAAUCUAGACCACGUGCAAACCCAUCUCCUACAAAUCCUUUCUCUAGUGACCUUCAAAAGACUUUUGAAAUUGAACUAUAGAGUUGGACUGAACAAGCAAACAGUCUCUGUGAGGAGUAGCAGUGUUUUAAGGAUUCCAAAUCUCUUCUUGCAAAUCCAUCUCUUUAGAAUUACACAUAAAAGGACCAAGAGGGGGGGCAUGAAAAUUCCAUUGGACAGUAACUGCAAUGGAGGUCUGUGGGAAUAUUAAGAAUAUCCAUCCCCACAGAUCUCAUCUACCCUGCGUUGGCACAGAAAAUCAGAGACGAACCUGGACAGUGGUCAUGGCAAGGCGGGAGUAAAACUGGCCGCCCACUGGAGAUAUGACUCUCUGCAGAACCACUGCAGUGCCUGAGCUUCCAUAUUGAAAGAUAUGUGUAAAUAUGUAUGGAGACUGAAAGGGGGGUGGGGGGGAAAUGUUUAACUGCCUUUUAUGCCAAAGGGGGCUGGAGCACACUGUUGAGUAUUGCAUUGCAGCCCGCUCUGGCAGCAAAGGGCUCAAGCCAAAAUCUUUAUUUUUAUGCAUUACAAAUAUUUUAAAUAGCGUGGGUUAAUUCAUAAGUUUGUAAGUAAUCUUGCCAAAGGUUAAACGAAGCUGGAAAGUUCAGUUGUCAUUAAUUGUAUAUAAGAUUUAGCUGCUAUUUCCUAAAGAACUGGACUGGCUGUGGUUUUAUUUUCAUGCGCUUUAGGCCACCUUCCUUGUAUGUAGCACAUUGCUUUAAACAAUCACGACCAAGAGAAAUAUCUCUAUUAUACUUUUAAUGAAAGAGCAGUAUUGCAUGGUGUAACAGCCAUAGCGGACUAUUUUCUUUCCUGUAAUCCGAUAUUACACAAGAAAGAUAUAUAUAUUCUCUAUAUAAAUGUUUCUUUUUGGCAUACCGCUGGAGUUUUUAUAUAUGUAUACUUAUAUAUAUUUAUAUAUUAAUAUAUAUGAUUAUAUAUAUUAAUAUAUAUGUUUUAGACUUUUAAUACCACUAUGAUCUAAUGCACAGAAGACUUUAUUUCAUUCUCAUUAUUGACUUUCACUGUUUCUGUAAAUUCUUUUCAUUCAUAGUUUUAUUUUUUUUAUUGUAUACCUCAAAUCAUCCUAAGCACACACUCUCUUCUUUAUGUGUAAAUGUUGGUUUCGCAUCUAUGUGUAUAUUUGUACUGAUUUACAGUCUUCUUUAACAAAUAAAUGUUGGUGGUGGAAAAAAA